GUGAAAACCACCUUCAUUGAAGUCACGUCGCAGGUCUCGCCCAAGGUGCCUUGCCGCGUCUUCUUCAAGAACGAGUACGAGCAGCCAUCUGGCAGCUUUAAACUGAGAGGCUUGGGUUACUUGAUUGAAAAGUCCUUGGAAAAGGCCAGAGCCUUGGGUAAGGCCAAAGUUCAUGUUUUCUCCUCCUCCGGAGGAAACGCGGGAUUGGGCGCUGCCUUCGCCGCACAGUUCCACGGCACCCCUUGCACUGUGGUGCUCCCUACAACCUCCAAGCCGAUUGUGAUUCAGAAGUUGGAGAGCCUUAACGCGCAGGUAGUGAUUGCGGGCAACCACUGGGGCGAAGCUGAUGCUCACUUGAAGGACGUCAUCGCGCAGCUAGAUUCGGAAACUUACCCAGUGUACUGCCAUCCGUUUGACGACCAGUUGAUCUGGGAAGGCCAUGGUACGUUAAUCGAGGAAAUCGUGGAGAGUGAUCUCUCACAAAAGGAAUUACAGAGCCUAAAGGGCGUUGUGUGUUGUGUGGGUGGGGGCGGCCUCUUCAAUGGUGUCAUAGACGGCUUGACGCGAUGCGCGGAGCGGUUGUCUCCGGAGAUAGCUGUCUUGGCAGUUGAAACAAUCCAAGCGCCAACUUUUACCACCGCUAUUGCUGAGGGUAAGGUCGUCCACUUAGCGUCGGUUCCUACCUUGGCUACCUCACUCGCCUCACCAUACAUUUCAGCUCAGAGCUUGGAGCAUUACAACGCGCAAAGGUUCAAGAUUACGGUGGAGGCAAUUGAUGACGUGGAGGCUAUUAGGGGUAUGGUAGAUUACCAUGCAGAGUUUGACAGAAUCGUAGAGCCAGCCUGUGGUGCUUCGUUGUCAUCGGUGUACAACAGAGUGGAUUUGUUAGAAAAGGCCUUUGGGAAAUUGGGAAAGGAGGAUAUCAUUGUGGUUGUUGUAUGCGGUGGAUCUUCAACCACUCCCCAAAGUUUCAAAGAUUUCAAAAAGUUACUUGAA